AUGGCAAGUAAAGAUCACAGGGACUAGGAUCAGGGCAAACAGCAUCUGUACCACUGUCUAUGUCUUGCAUCAGUGUGAUUCAAGAGAACUUUUGACAACAUAACAUGAAGAGGGACCAUGUUCCUAUCAGUUUAUCUUGUAUUUUACAUUGGAAAAUAUUAUUCACAGGAUCUGAAGCUUGUUGGUACAAAAACAUGUAAAUAAGGGAAAUCCCCAUCAAAAUUCUAUCAAUAUGUAUUUAAAAUCUUGCAAAACUUUGAUAGUUCUGGAGAGAACAGAAAAAUGUAUUGAAAACUUUCUGAUUUAUUAGUCGCAUUUGGAUGUGUUGUUGACCUUCAAGCUGCAGACAGACAUUUACUUGAUCAAGUAGAUGUAAAUUGCCCAAAGGCUAUCAUGAUGUAUGAUGGAAAAGUUUUGAAGUGGUAUGUUCAGACAACUGUGGAUAUCUGUACAAUUUAGAAACAUUCAGAAUUAAACAUUUUUAUGGUAUAUCUUGCAGAAAUGACAUAAUUUAUGUUAUGUUCUGCGAGAUUUCUAGCUUUCUAAUAAUUGUAUGACAGUUUGCAGAUAUUGAGAAAAGAAAUCCACAUGUAAUGACUGAAUAUAUUGCUAUCAAUUUUUAGACAAUAGCCUAUGUUGCAGUGGAAAGAGGAGUUGGCCAUGGACUUCUGUGAGGGUCAGUACAAAGACAAAGUCUGCUUAGAAAAUAUAUGCUUGUUCUUGCGUAUACAUCAGCAGCUGAUCUGAACAAAUGAGAUAUUAAAAAUCAGUAGAUUAUUAUUAUUUUUACAAGACAUUGACUGCAACUCUGCAGCUCAAUAGUUUUGUGACAGUGAAAGGUUUUUUCUUUAUUUUCAUUUAUUUGUUAGAACAUUGGCCUAUUUCUGUGGAUUCUUGCGCUGACUAUUUUGUUGUGUUUUGUGUAGGCAUGCUGGAUGGAUGUAGUGCGACUGAGUUGCCCUUAUUUCUACCUUGACUUUGUCCUUGUACACCCAUCACAGAGAUGUUGAUUUCACGUUACACUGAUAGGAACAUGUAUUCCUCUUCAUGGCAGCGACACAAAUAUAAACAUCUGAUACUUUCUUCCAUGUAAUUUUCCUCAGAAGUUGUUCGAUUUUUAUACUGUUGAUGUGAUAACGCCUGAAUUGACUUUCCACGUACAGUACAUUCUGCUUUAUAUUGCCUCUCAUUUGAGAAAUAUUAUGCAUACAAGAUAUUUUAGCAUGUAUUUUUCUGACUUUUUUCAAGCUCAUUAAAACCCAAGUUACAAAGCAGAAUCUAUUCUGACAUAUUUCACAAUCUAUGUUUCUCUGUUGCAUUACAAAUGAUAGAUGUUCAAACAAAUAAUUUUGAGCUGACAGUAGCUUUAAAUAAUCCAACCCAUUGCACAAGUCUCUUCAGAUUGUCAGAUCUGUGUACUAGGCUGUUUACAUAUGUCAUCAAUAGUCGAGCUUUCAACAAAACGCUCCAGUCACCAGGAUGUUAUGUAUCUCUAAAAUGCUAUUUUAAAAAUACUCCUAUAACUCCACCCCAGUACAUUCCAAAUGAUGUGAUAUAAAGCAGAUGUGAACAAAAUUCAAUUAUAUAGUGGAAAAAACUACGUCAAAAAAGUAAUGGAAGUGACAUUUGGAACCUAUGUUUGAAUGUACUGUAUGAGCUACUAAUGUUUAUUUCACAUCUUACAUUAAUCCAAUUUCAAUUUUUUCUUUACAAUUUCCGUACUAGAUAUUUGUGAUGCCAGUAUCGAUCAAAACGUACCAAACAGGUUUUUGUGUGCCCAUAAUGACGGCUGGCUGACAGGAGACGCCAGAGACGGGUAUGCUUUACAAUGGCAUGCUAUUUGAAGGCCAUAGAAACACAACCUAACUUUGCCGUGGCCUGGAGCAAUCUGGGAUGUGUGUUCAAUGCUCAGGGAGAAAUCUGGUUGGCCAUUCAUCAUUUUGAAAAGGCUGUGGCUUUAGACCCAAACUUCCUGGAUGCAUAUAUCAAUCUAGGAAAUGUUCUUAAAGAAGCCAAGAUAUUUGACCGAGCUGUAGCUGCCUAUCUGCGAGCACUAAACCUCAGUCCAAAUCAUGCAGUGGUCCAUGGAAAUCUGGCUUGUGUUUACUAUGAACAGGGGCUAAUUGAUCUGGCAAUAGACACAUACAAGCGAGCCAUAAAACUACAACCAAACUUUCCUGAUGCAUAUUGUAACCUGGCCAAUGCUCUAAAAGAGAAAGGAAAGGUGGCUGAGGCAGAGGAAUGUUACAACACUGCUCUGAAGUUGUGUCCAACACAUGCAGAUUCCCUGAACAACUUGGCCAAUAUUAAAAGGGAGCAGGGCAAUACAGAAGAGGCUGCAAGAUUAUACCUUAAGGCCUUAGAGGUGUAUCCAGAGUUUGCUGUGGCACAUUCUAACUUGGCUAGUGUGUUGCAACAACAGGGUAAACUCCAUGAAGCACUUAUGCAUUAUAAGGAGGCCAUUAGAAUCUCACCAACAUUUGCCGAUGCAUACUCCAAUAUGGGUAACACGCUGAAGGAGAUGCAGGACAUCCAGGGGGCGCUACAGUGUUACACGCGUGCUAUUCAGAUCAACCCUGCCUUCGCUGAUGCUCACAGUAACCUUGCAUCAAUACACAAGGAUUCUGGAAACAUCCCAGAGGCGAUAUCUUCUUAUAGAACAGCACUGAAGCUGAAACCAGAUUUUCCUGAUGCCUACUGUAACCUUGCCCACUGUCUACAGAUCGUUUGUGACUGGACAGACUAUGGUGUGAGGAUGAAAAGACUAGUAAGAAUUGUCCAGGACCAGUUGGAGAAAAAUCGUCUACCUUCAGUACAUCCCCACCACAGUAUGUUGUACCCACUCACACACCAGAUGAGGAAAAACAUUGCUGUGCGACAUGCCAACCUCUGUCUAGAAAAGAUAAAUGUGUUGCACAAGCCGGCAUAUGAUCACGUGCAGGACACAAGAGCUAGUAGUGGACGACUGAGGAUAGGUUAUGUCAGUUCUGACUUUGGUAACCAUCCAACAUCUCACCUGAUGCAGAGUAUUCCAGGCUUCCAUGACCGGAAAAAUGUAGAGAUAUUCUGCUAUUCGUUGAGCCCGGAUGAUGGAACCUCAUUCAGAGCUAAAAUUUCCAGAGAAGCAGAACACUUCAUAGAUCUGUCUCAGAUACCAUGCAAUGGUAAAGCAGCUGACAGGAUCCAUGCUGAUGGCAUUCACAUCCUUGUUAACAUGAACGGCUACACCAAGGGAGCUAGGAAUGAACUGUUUGCCCUGAGGCCUGCACCUGUACAGGUGAUGUGGCUGGGUUACCCAGGGACCAGUGGGGCAUCCUUCAUGGACUACAUUCUUACUGACAAGGUCACAUCUCCUCUCAAUCUUGCUGACCAGUACUCAGAGAAGCUUGCUUACAUGGCCGAUACAUUCUUUGUGGGUGACCACAAACAGAUGUUCCCUCAUCUAACGGACAAAGUAUUGGAGGAGGUGAAUGGUGAAGCGUCUGACAAUAACAUUGUCUACAAUGGUGUUGACUUGGAGCCAUUGAUGAAGACUGGUGAUGUUAACUACACAACAAACAACUGUGAGAAGGGCUUCACAACAGAUGAGGCUGAUGGAUCACGUGGGAUGGUUACUUUCAAGAGUAUGAACCUACAGGUAACACCAAUCCUUGAUGCUAUGAUACAGAACAGUAUGCCUUACUCUUACAUCAACAACGUUGGCAUCCAGAAUGGAGUUACGACAACCCAGACAUAUAAUAUAUUGCAGACAAACAACAAGUCUGCAACAGGAGAGGAGGUGCCUACAAACAUCAUCAUCACUGCUCGCAGUCAGUAUGGUCUACCUAGUGAUGCGGUGGUGUACUGUAAUUUCAACCAGCUGUACAAGAUUGAUCCAGCCACACUAGACAUGUGGGUGGAGAUCCUCAAGCGUGUGCCCAACAGUGUUCUGUGGCUGCUUCGCUUCCCUGCUGUAGGGGAACCCAAUGUUAUACAAGCUGCCAUCAAUGCUGGACUUGGCCUCAACCGUAUCAUAUUUUCCCCAGUAGCUCCAAAGGAGGAGCAUGUACGACGUGGCCAGCUUGCUGAUGUAUGUCUUGAUACCCCCUUAUGUAACGGACACACAACUGGCAUGGAUGUACUCUGGGCUGGAACUCCUAUGGUUACACUGUUAGGAGAAACACUAGCAUCAAGGGUGGCUUCCUCCCAGCUCUACACACUAGGCUGUCCUGAACUUGUUGCUGAGACACGUGAGACUUAUAUCAACGUUGCAGCUAGACUUGGCUCCAACAAGGAGUAUCUGAGAGGGAUGAGGGCCAAGGUGUGGAAGGCCAGACUAUCAAGUCCCCUAUUUAACUGUCAACACUACGCCAGCAACAUGGAGUCCCUUUACCGCAAGAUGUGGCAGAGGUACGAAGAGGGACUGGAACCUGAUCACUUAUCUGUACAAUGAUAUUGAUGUGUAAAAAGUGACAAUUAUAUAUGAAGGACUGCUUGUUCAGUAACCUACUGACCUUUUGAUGUACAUUGUGUAAGAUAGUUUCUUAUAAAUAGAACAAAGUGUUUAGCACUAUGAAAGGUCAGAAGACCAGUGUAAAUGUCCAGAUGUGCUCAAGACUUGAAUUUUGAAUGGAAUUUAGCUGAUGGGAGAAUGACAGAAUCCUUUGCGAUUCUAUUCAUUGCAUGCAUGUAGUGCUGUUUGCAUUUUAUGGGUGAAUCCUGUAUAUCUCGUUUUAAAAAUGUGUAGUUAAAACAUUCUCUUAAUCCUUCCAUUUCUUAUAAGAUAGCAGAUAUCUGUAAUUAUGCGAGACGAUGAGAAGCAUGAUAGUGUGAGAAUGUGUGAUGCAUGCAAUUCAUAUUUUUUUUUAUUAUUUUACUUGCAAUUUUCCUUUUAUUUAAUUCUGGGUUUAUGUAUAAAUAAUUUAUAUCUGGUUUGUUUGUAUAUAUGUAUAUAGCUUUGGAGACCUACAUGUGUAUAGUGUGUAGUUGUAAUUGUCCAUACACUGUGUGAUAUUAUGUGUAUCUCAUCCAUAUUGCAAGUAAGGAAUAAAGCAGGGUUCUAAAUUA